AUGGCAUCUCUCACAGCUGACAAAAUACACCAGCAGGCAGGAAAGAAUCCAAAGAAGGUCGUAGUCAACUUCACCAAAAGCCAUAACAUGGUCCAGUGUGAAUUUGAGAUUUGGGGCAAAAAUGGCGCCGGUCGUGCCCGCUGCCUAGAUACAUGGGAUAUCUUUCCAGCGCCCGCCACCAACACUCGCCAAGCGGCCAAGCCCGAUCCUUUCCUCCUUCGAAGCGAAGUGUUUGGGCAACAUGUCCUUCCAGGACGAAGCCCAAACGAUCGACUUCCUUUGGACUUGGGCCGACUUCGUGUUAUCUCCACUACAUAUAUCCUUGCACAAGGACUAGUACCUCGGACUUGA